GCGCCGCGGGGCAUGGUGGGAGGUGUAGUGCGCCGCGGCGCUGCGUGAUGGGAGGUGUAGUCCGCUGGAGCCACGCUGUGACUGAAUUACACAAUUAGGAUGUUUCCCGCUGGGCUCUGGCUCCUCUAGGAUGUUGGAGAACCGAGAGGAAGAACUGACCACGGUGCGAGUGCAGGACCCCCGCGUGCAGAACGAAGGCUCCUGGAAUUCCUAUGUGGAUUAUAAGAUCUUCCUCCACACCAACAGCAAGGCCUUCACUGCCAAGACCUCAUGCGUGCGGCGCCGGUACCGUGAGUUCGUGUGGCUGAGGAGGCAGCUCCAGAAGAAUGCUGGCCUGGUGCCCGUCCCAGAGCUGCCUGGAAAAUCCACCUUCUUCGUGGGCAGCACGGACGAGUUCAUCGAGAAGCGGAGACAGGGAUUGCAGCAGUUCCUGGAGAAGGUGGUGCAGAACGUGGUGCUGCUCUCGGACAGCCGCCUGCACCUCUUCCUGCAGAGCCAGCUCUCCGUGCCCGCCAUCGAGGCCUGCGUGCAGGGCCAGGGCAGCCAGACAGUGACAGAGGCCAUCCUGCACUAUGCCAUGUCCAACUGUGGCUGGGUGCAGGAGGAGGAGGGGCGGCCCUCAGCGCUGCCCGGGCGGGACCCGAGAGCCAGCUGUGCCGGGCUGGGAAGCCCCCAGAGCUGCCUGGAGAGUGUCCCGGACUGGAGCGACUUCGGGGCGGACGACGCGCACUCGGAGAGCCCGGAGGAGCCCCCGGGAGCGGGGCAGGACACCCAGUGACAGCCCUGGGGACACCCCCUGCCUUCCCAGGACCUGCUCCCUCGCUGGGAGAGGGGGCACUGUGGGAGCAGGGGGAUGACAGGGCUGCCCUGGGCUCAUCCCGGGCUCUCUCCCUGCUGAUCCCGGUGUCCCAGGCGGUGUUGGCAUCGCUCUCCUCCCGCAGGAGGGAUCUGGUGGGUGGUGGAACCUGUUGUUUGUUGUUCCCACGGCCUUUGCCCUCUGGCUGGAGCAGCAGCAGCAGGGCUCAGCGGGGUGGCAGUGCCACCUCCCUGCUCCUGGCACAUCCCAGGGCAGGGUGGGAUCCGCUGCCCGAGGGGAAAAGGGCUUUUCCUUGGUGGAUCCAGGGCCGGCCACUCUCUCCAGUUUAACCCCCCGUGUUCCCCUCCCUCUGCAGCUCCUGGGGAGGGCAGAGGGGGCUCAGCUGCACCAACCCAGAGCCCACACAUGGGAUGCAGAUCCCACAUCCUCCCCCGGGGUGCAGAUCCCACCCCUGGGGCCUCUUGGCACAGCUUUCCCUCCCUGCAGGUUGGUUUCUGCAGCUGGAAAAACGGGAGCUGAGCUUCCCCCCGGGCAGGGAAUGAGUCGGGGGGAGCACAAGGAGGGGAGGGGGGCAGUUUGUCACCCCUGCCCUGGGAGGGGGUGUCCCUUCCAGC